AUGCAAAGUGUCCCAGCCCUGUCUUCCACUUCGAAGAAACCUUGCACAGAGCAACUGCCGUUGGAGGACAAUAAAGACUUGUUCAAUCCCGAUGGAAGAAUAAAUUACGCACCAAGGAAGAUUGAAGAUGCUUACUAUCUGAGAAUGCUGUUAAACGUCGUGAGAGGUCCAAGAUCGUUUGAGGAGAUAAAGACCUAUAAUGGUGUGUUGUACCCUGAAUUUAAAGAUGGCUGUUACGCUUGGCCAAGUGAUGUCUUUUGGAGCAUUCUGGAGCAUAUGGGACAUAAGGAGCAUGGAGGGACUUGGCACAUGGACGCAGCUCAACUGGAUACGCAAAGGAAGAAGGGAGAAGCCAUCUUGAAGACCAGCUCGACCGUCUACUCGACCAACCGGUCGAGUUCCUCAACUCGACCGGCCAAGCUUCAACUCGAUCGAGCUGAGAAGUCAACAGUCAAACCCGAAAAAUGUUGCUUCCCCCUUGACUUUCCUUUGACCCUAAACCUAAUCCUCUUGUAUUUAAAGGCUCUAAGCCACGAAAAAACCACCAAGCUUUAG